UAGCAUACAGUUUUUCUCGAUUGCUAAGACACAAAACCCAGUACUCUAAACCAAAUGACCAGUUGCCUAAACACAUUUAGUAAAACUACCCCCCAUUUGCCACAACCAAAAACACAAUUCACCUGUAGACACUGUUCACAAAACCCAUCCCCUUUUUCUCAAAACUCUAAACACAUUUUGCCUUGCUAAAACACAUUUAGCAUAUAUCUCUGCUCAAAUAUGCAUUGUGAAGCUCAUGUGAUGCAAAAUGCCACACACAGUCAGCAAAACCUGAACACAAUGAACACACCUGGUGUAAUUCAGUAAACACAACGACUCAUAAUUGAAAACACCUAUUGCAAAUGAUGUGACCACACCUAUAUAAGUCAGUUUGCUGAAGGUUCCAAACAAAAAUGGAUGAUCAAGGAAGAAGAAGAGGAGUUCGUGCCAGAGGAGGGAGAGGAGUUCGUGCCAGAGGAGGGAGAGGAGUUCGUGCCAGAGGAGGGAGAGGAGUUUUUGUCAGAGGAGGGAGAGGAGCAGGCCAAGGAGGGAGAGGAGCAGGUCAAGGAGGUAGAGGAGCGGGCCAAGGAGGGAGAGGAGCAGGUCAAGGAGGUAGAGGAGCGGGCCAAGGAGGGAGAGGAGCAGGUCAAGGAGGUAGAGGAGCGGGCCAAGGAGGGAGAGGAGCAGGUCAAGGAGGUAGAGGAGCGGGCCAAGGAGGGAGAGGAGCAGGUCAAGGAGGUAGAGGAGCGGGCCAAGGAGGGAGAGGAGCAGGUCAAGGAGGUAGAGGAGCAGGCCAAGGAGGGAGAGGAGAAGGAGGGCGAGCAAGACAACGCAUCUUCAUCACAGAUGAAAUGAGAGCAACGGUCAUUGACCACGUCAUUGUCCACGGCAUGACAAUGACCGAAGCUGGACAACGAGUCCAACCAAACCUAAGCCGAUUCUCAGUGGCCACCAUUAUUCGGGCCUUCAGAGAACACAACAGGUACUGUAUGUACUAUUUUUUUAGUCACUACACUAGAUGUUUACAGUAUACAGUAGUAUAGUGGAGUGCACCUACAUACAGACAAGUGCAAUAAUGGUUACAGUAAAAGUGUGUACUGCAAGGACCAUUUCUGACCAAAUGACUGUUUCUCUAGAGUUGAAAGAUUGCCAUAUGCAGGUGGGAGGGCUUCCAGAUUCACACCAGCCCAAGAGGUCGUCAUUGUGGAUAUGGUUCGGGAGAACAAUGUGCUGAGACUACGGGAGAUACGGGAGAGGAUCAUUGGUGACAAUAUGAACUUUCCGAACAUUGACGAUGUUAGCCUGACAACCAUAGACAGAGUCCUCAAGCGCCAGAGAGUACGCAUGAAGCAGGCCUAUAGGGUACCCUUUGAGCGCAACUCUGACAGAAUAAAGCACCUCCGUCACCAGUAUGUGCAAAGGAUCUUCGAGUUGGAGUCCAUGGCCAGACCCCAUGAAUUUAUAUUUGUGGAUGAGGCUGGCUUCAACCUCACAAAAAGGAGGAGGAGAGGCCGUAACAUCAUAGGACAGAGAGCUAUCGUUGAUGUGCCCGGCCAACGUGGAGGAAACAUCACCCUCUGCGCUGCCAUGAGUUCUAGAGGGCUUCUCCACCGGCAUGCUGAACUUGGUGCCUACAACACUGAGCGUCUCCUCACCUUCCUAGGAGAGCUCAGAGAAGUUUUGCAUGACCAUGACCACCCGAACGACCAGCAGAAUCCUGGGCCGGCUGAUCUUCCCAUAUAUGUCAUCUUCUGGGACAAUGUUAGUUUCCAUCGCAGCAUCCAGGUCAGAGAGUGGUUUAACAUCAACCAGCAAUUUAUUAAUGUGUGUCUGCCACCCUACUCUCCAUUCCUAAACCCAAUAGAAGAGUUCUUCUCAUCAUGGCGGUGGAAGGUCUAUGACCGCCAACCGUACACCAGAGAGAACCUUCUCAGGGCUAUGGACCUGGCCUGUGAUGAUGUGGCUGUGGAGGCGUUCCAAGGCUGGGUGCGGCAUGCCAGGGCAUUCUUCCCACGAUGUUUGGCUAUGGACAAUAUUGCCUGUGACGUGGAUGAGGUACUGUGGCCCGACCCAGUCCGACGACGUGAUGCCGCCCAAUGAUUGCAGUGUCAACAUACUGUGUCAAUUUACAUGUACAACGUAGGCCUAAUAAAAGAGAUCGCACCCUGAA